CUGUCAAGGCGCGUCAAAAUAAACCAGGCCGUCUCACGCCAACUUUAUCCUUCAGCCAACUACCAAACCCGUGACAGUCACCGCUCAAGGACCUACUCGGAGUCACGGGGCCACGUGACCGCGGAAAUCGACGGGCUUCUGGACGAUCUGGAUCGAAUGAAGCACAGGGAGAGCCUCAACCAAGUGGGGAUGACCCGGUGGUCUUCACUGGGGACAGUCGGUGCCGAGGGCGGGCGGUACACCACCACUCUCACCAGACGCCACAUGAAACGCGGUGGCGGUCGAGAACCCGUGGACAUCUAUCUCAAGAAACCGACUGCCUCCGGACUCUCGAAGGUGGAUCUGCUGUCAGUGGACAACCGGGGUAACACGCGUGCCUCGGCCGGUCACUCACCGGUGACCCUCCACGUCGACAGCCGAAAUGCGGAUCGCGAGCAGCGUCUGAUGGACGAGUUGAUUGAGACGCGUCGCGAACUUCAGCGCACUCGCAGCAUGAUGUCGGAGGACGGAAAACGCGGCCUAAACUACGGCUCGACUCUCAAGGUUCCCGUCAAUGCGGGAUCUACCAGGAAUAUUAACAUCAGGUGGGUCUACCAAUAG